AACAGCAUAAAAUAAAUAAUAAAAGACAUGUAAAUAAUCAAGUGUAUACAAAUCGCCACCUGCCGUCAGUCGGAAGAACUAUAACAUGUUUUGUACGUGGUUGCUUUGAAUCAAGAAUAUCAGAAAUAUGGACGAAGUCUGGACCUUGAUCUUACUGUCAUUGGCAAUGCUUGUCGGUUGUUACCUAGCAGGUGUAAUUCCACUUGCCUUUACUUUCUCCGAGGAGAAACUAAAGCUGGUGACAGUGUUAGGAGCGGGUCUGCUUGUUGGUACAGCGUUAGCAGUGAUCAUUCCAGAGGGGGUUCAUGCCAUGUACACAUCAGGCUCAGAGCCACAUCAGCACGUUCACCAUGAUCACAAACUUGGUACCCGAGCUCUCCUGGCUCUAGAGGUACAUAAAGACAAACCCGCCGUCGAGUUGGCCGUGGAGUCGCUGGCCCACGGUGACCAUGGUGAUCAUGGUGACCAUGGUGACCAUGGCAAUGAUCAUCAUCACAGUCACGAUAUGUCAGAGGAACACUCGCGGAUCGGGAUCAGUCUGGUGACGGGAUUCAUCUUCAUGUUGUUAGUCGACCAGAUUGGCGGGGGCCACGCUCACUCGUCCGAUGAUACAGAUAUAGAGAGUAGUCAGAGUAUACAGAACCGGAACAAGCUAACAGUCACUGUCGGCCUCAUAGUACAUGCAGCAGCUGAUGGGGUGGCUUUAGGAGCUGCUAUCACUCUACCAGAAGCUCACAUCACAUAUAUUGUUUUCCUUGCAAUUAUGUUGCAUAAAGCACCAGCAGCCUUUGGUCUGGUAUCAUUUUUACUUCAUGCCAGUUUUGAUCGAGCUAGGAUACGUCGUCAUCUACUGGCAUUCUCAAUGGCAGCUCCUGCCAUGGCCAUAGUCACCUUCCUUUGUUUAAGUCAGCAAAAUAAGAAGCAGCUGUUGGACAUGCACAUGACCGGGAUCGCCAUGCUGUUCAGCGCGGGGACGUUUCUGUACGUGGCCACCGUGCACGUCCUGCCAGAAGUCUCCAUACACCAUUCCCAUCACACCGCACCCAACGGCACGGUCGUUAUCCGCGAACACAAGGGCUUUAAAAAGAUUGAACUAGUUGCCCUCGUGCUUGGGUCACUAUUGCCAGUUUUACUCGCGAUGGGACACAAGCACUGAAGAUAGAUGGGAUAGUAGUACUGAAAGGCAUUUUAUGUUUUUAUCAUUUGUGGUGGAAUUCAUUGUGGUAUGAAAGUUGUCUGCUGAGUGUAUAAUUUUAAAUAUAUUUAAUGAUUUUGACAGUGCACUGAACAUGCCUAUAUUUAGUAAAAACAAAUUAGGUUUCUUUCUGGUUUUCUGGUGUAUUCUCUGAUGUUUGCUAUUUCUGUUAUGGACGGGGAAACUGGAUGAAUUUCAAGCACAAUAAAAAUUCUGUCCUCAUGAAGGAGACUGUCACGUGAUAACGGCCUAAGAGACAAGAGUCGGAAGAUACUUGCAUGCUGGGAGAUUUUUACAGAUUGGUUCAUAUUAGAGAGAGAGAGAGACGGUCAGAGACAGAGUUUGUUCAUAUUAAUGUACUGAGACAGUCAGUCAGUGACAGUUCAUAUUAUUAUUAACGUACUCAGAGAGACGGUCAGAGAUGGAGUUUGUUCAUAUUAACAUACUGAGAGAGACAGCCAGAGACGGAGUUUGUUCAUAUUAACGUACUGAGAGAGACUGAGUUUGUUCAUAUUAACAUACUGAGAGAGAUGGCCAGAGACUGAGUUUGUUCAUAUUAACUUACUGAGAGAGACUGUCAGAGAUGGAGUUUGUUCAUAUUAACAUACUGAGAGAGAUGGCCAGAGACUGAGUUUGUUCACAUUAACAUACUGAGAGAGACUGUCGGAGAUGGAGUUUGUUCAUAUUAACUUACUGAGAGAGAUGGCUAGAGACAAGAGUUUGUUCAUAUUAUUGUACUGAGAGAGACGGCCAGAGACAGAGUUUGUUCAUAUUAUUGUACUGAGAGAGACAGCCAGACGAGUGAAGAUCCUUGUGUGAACCAGUUUUGGAUGUUGAACAACAUUUUCUGUUUUAAGAGACAAACGACUAUGAACCACAUUGUUGGUAUGUUGUGGCUUAUUGUACGGAUACUGUACCUAUUACUUACUGUACUGAUCAUGUACUGACACACUGUACUGGUCAUGUACUGACACACUGUACUGAUCAUGUACUGACACACUGUACUGGUCAUGUACUGACACACUGUACUGAUCAUGUACUGACACACUGUACUGAUAUAUAUACUGACACACUGUACUGAUAUAUAUACUGACACUGUACUGAGCAUGUACUGAUCAUAUACUGACACACUGUACUGAUACACUGUACUGAUAUAUAUACUGACACUGUACUGAGCAUGUACUGAUCAUAUACUGACACACUGUACUGAGCAUGUACUGAUCAUAUACUGACACACUGCACUGAUCAUAUACUGACACGCUGUACUGAUCUUGUACUGAUCAUGUAUUGACACUACUGAUCAUAUACUGACACUACUGAUCAUGUACUGACAUAUAUUCUUUGCUUUUUGAAAGUAGAAACAUUUGUGUUAACACAAUGCCAGCCAUGAUUGUUGAAAAUAGCAGUGCACAUAUGCUGUUCAUUUGUACUGACAUUCUUGGUAACUGCAGAAGCACUUUAUUAAUCACAUGCACUUAACUACAGUCAGAUAUAUUUAUUUCAUAACAUUGAUAAUUCUAUAAGAUGCAUACAAAACACAUAAAUCAACAUUUAUCAAUAAGCCUCACUAAAGGUACAUUACUUAUUGAUAGUUUGUGAAUACAUUUCAUAUAUGACCUGUUGAAACAGCAGGGUCAAGUUCAGCCGCACCAAGCAGAAAACGUUCACUAGACUGGUUUAUGCACUUCUCAUCAGAUCAAAUGAUCACAUUGCAGACUAGUCAAAUAGUUUGUGAAUGUUAGCAUCACUCACUGUCACGUAACACUGGCAGAUGUAGCCUAUGAAAACAAUACUGAUGUAAACAUUGUACUUGUGUUUCAUUAGCACAAUACUGACUUCUAACAAGUCUACAUACAAAGAGAAAUUGGAUUGGCUAGUCAAAUUCAUUUAAAGCAUUAAAACCAACAUUAAUUUGUUAUCUGUCCUAGACGGUAAUAGAUACUGGACAGCAUACAAACGGAUACUGGACAGUAAUACAAACAGAUACUGGACAGCAUACAAACAGAUACUGGACAGCAUACAAACAGAUACUGGACAGUAAUACAAACUGGACAGUGAGUUACACAUAUUGGACAUGUACUGGACAGUGAGAUUUUAAACACUAAAUUCCACAUUGGACUGUAAUAAACUUGGUGCAGUAUGAGAGCUAGUUGUCAGAUCUCGAUCAAACAGCUUCUGUAAUUCACAUGGAAUUGAAUAUUGUGCCUGUUAUGAACAGAUUUCCAUGAAUGUUUUCAGUUUGUUCAAACACCAGUUUAGUACCAGUGUAUCACCACAUUGACGACUGGUUCCAAGGUUCGAAACUGCCAGUCGCCAGUUGAAUCCAAAGUCCCAAAAAAUAUUAUUUGGGCUAUCUUCUUUCUAUAACAUAUGAGCCACUAUUAAUAAUUGCAUUGCAUAUAUUUAUUCCACAUUAAAAUCUUGCUCAUGGUUCACAAAACUGAACACAUCAGCUUACCAUAAUUUGCCAACAUCAAUUUAUGAAUAUUGAUUUUGUAGACCGGAUGUAGUUAGGUUUAGUCUUAAUAAAAGAAAGACUCCCUGCAGUUCAUAUCCAUUCAGAACACCUUAUUUCAAUAUGUAUGUAUCUUUACUAUCUAGAAGUGGUUCUUCAAAUCAAUAUUACUUCAAUUAUUAAUUGUUUUUAAUAAUGAAACAUUUUGAUUUACUUAAAACAAACCUGAAAUAUGAAUAUUUUGUGUUUGGGCUAUCUAAAGCAAGUUUGGGCCACUAAAAAUGAAUAUUUAGUGGCCCAGAUAUUGCGUUUUGGGCCACCAUACUUUUGUGACGAGUUUCGAGCCCUGUGGUUCUGGGUUGUGUGUCAGAUCUUAACUGUGUAGCUAGUAGGGUGUGUCAGUUCCAGUAAGUCAUUUGAACUAGAACCUACUAGUCUUGUAUAAUAAUAAUAAUAAUAAUAGUGAUAUCUGUAAGUUCCUCUAGGUGGUGGGUAUUUUAGUAGGUAUUUUAUAAGGGCAGGUGUAUAUUGCUCUUCGUUCAUUCACUGUCAGUGUUUAACAGUUGCCACAAAGGCCGCUUACUUGCACGACAAAGUAUUUGUCUGAGGUGUUGUCCAUCUAGGAUUGAUCCCAGUCAAUGGGCCCAUUGGGCUAUUUCUCGUUCCAGCCAGUGCACCAUGACUGGUACAUGCUAUCCUGCCUGUGCUACUAGUGGAAAAGUGUAACAGGUUUCCUCUAACAUGACAUGUCAAAAAUUACCAAAUGUUUGACUUCCAGUAGCCAGUGAUGUAUAGAUCAGUGUGCUCUAGUGGUGUCAUUAAACAAAACAAACUUUAUCUCAAAUACUAGAGCAUUCACAAGUGAUGUUCAUAUCUGUUUAGAUUGUUUUUGAAGUUUGCUUCAGACUGGCUCUGUUAUAUGAUUCAGACUGGCUUUGUUAUAUGAUUCAGACUGGCUUUGUUAUAUAAUAUUGUAACAUCUGUACAUUGUGUAUCGUCACUGUACACAUUAUUUGUGCAUUCAUAUCCACACAGCUGCAUGAACACUUACAGGCCAACAUGUCCUAGCGGCCACCUGUAAUUAGCAGUCACCUGCCAUAAGAAGUCAUUUAAAUUGGAUCACAAAUUGCCAAAAUACCUUUAUUAAUUUAUUCACUGUAAAUAAAUGAGAUUUAUUGUAAAUGUCUCUGUAACUAAAAUGUUUUUUUAAACAAUGACAAGGUGCAGCAAAUAAACUGUCUUCACUCCUUUACUGAUACUAGCACCCAUUCAGUCCGACAUCUCUACUGUAUAUAAAUUACGAAAUUGUGAAAAAGCUUGCCCUGAAUGUACAUGUUCAAUUAUUUCCUUUUCCUUGUCAAUAUGGGAUGCAUCAAAUUGCCUCUGGGUUGACAUUUGUAGAUUCAACUACUAUGACAAUACAUCACAUCACAGGAAUUAAAUGAAAAGAGAAAACAAACUUGUGAAAAUAUGAAUUGCAAACGAUUAAAUUAACUCCUAGCUAGUACUUUUUAGUUAAUUUAAUUUCAUUUUUUAAAAAAGGAAACAUGUUUGAAUCUGAUUUAUAGUAAACUAUAGAGCAAACAUCCCAUUAGUUAGCAGUAAAAAGGGUGAAAAAAGAGAUCACAAACAUUUCAAUGACACAAAAGUGGCCGUGUGUAUUCAGCAACCAACUGUGUUAUGUGGCCGCUUUCGACAUCUUCCGCAUGUGACUACUUCAGGCAGGUUUGAUGGUAUGCAAUAUUAUACUCGAGUUCAGUAUAGAAAUUUAGUAGACUUGCCAAGAAUUCAACCCAUGCAUUUAUAGGUUAAUACAAACGCCACAUAUUAUAGGGAUACAUACCGGUACUAGAUAUUGUAAGGUUACAUACUAGAUAUUUGAAAUCCAUACAUGUUUGUUAUAUUCCUAAUGUGAUGUGCCUUUCACUGUUUGUAUGGUCAGUACAUUUUAAUUGUUCUUCAUAUUUAAGUUUUUAAAACAUACUGACAGUCGGUCUGUUGUCAGUAGUUGUCGGAGACUUGUUAUUAACGGUUUUAUUACAAUGCAUGAUUUUAUCUUUUAAUUCUCAUCUGAGAACAGCAUUAGUGACUGAUGUAUCAUUUCACGUAAGUCUGUAAAACUCAACAAAGAGUUGCUUUGAAGGCAUUACCAUAUGUAAAAAUCUCAUCACCACUAAAUGUAAUUUUUCAUCACUAAAUGGAUACUAAAUAUCAUGUUUUAUUGUUGUCUGGAUGUUACGUUUUGUUGUGCAUUGUAUUUGUAAUCGCUACAUGGAAGUAGUUUGUGUUUGUUUGUGUGUAUGUAUAUAUAUAUAUAAUAUACUAUGAUAAAGGUAUUUAUUACAUUUUUGGUCUCGCAGUGGUAAAAGAAUGAUUGGGUAACUGGUGUAAAAGGAAUCUUACCCACCAUGGUGGGGUGGGGUGGGGUAACUAACCUUUGACACUCUGGAUGAGAAUUAACAUGGUCGCCAACUGAGCCUCUGAUUUCGUUAAUUCGGUGAAAAUCGAGUUAUUUUACCCUCCAAGAUAAAUGGAACUAAAAGUGAGAUAAUAAAUGCUUCAGUGAUGGUGUGAUCUGACAUUUAAAAUUUAAAAUGCAUCUCGACAGUGACAGUCCAGCUUGUAUGUGGGUGUGCAUGUGACUGACACUGGAUAUUGAAUGAGAUAUUGAAUGAGAGGGAUAAAACACAACAAUGAAGUAGAUAUUUCAUGAUUUGAAACAUAAGCAAGUUGUGAUAAUAAUGUUUUUCUGCUGGUAUGAACAAAUGUAACGGAUCAAUAACAUUGUGUGUUAGUUGUCCGUCAGUGUUGAGAUCUGAUAAACCUGGUUUUUAACAUUUGUAAUCUAACAUAAUUUAGGCCUCAUUCACACCGGAUGCACUGUUGCGCAUGUGGUGUUGCUACACUAAUUAAAAUCCACUGCUUGCACCUAUUUACAUGUUAGCCAAUGUUAGGUUAUUAGUCCGCUACCUGUCCAACCGAACUGGACUGUAGGUUUCAUCUCCAUUCUUCUGUCUGUUUGUCUGUACAUCUUUAUCAUGUACUGUUACGGAUCAAGUUCGACUAUCAUGGCGAUUUACCCAUUUUUCAGCUAUGCACCUUGAAUUUAGGAGAUACAAAAAUUUGUUUUCUGCUUGUUGUUUUUUUCACAACGCCUUAAUAUAUUGAGUGAAAAUCUUGUGUUUAGCUUUAUCACUUACUCUUACAGAUCAAGUUUGACUUUCAUGGCAAGUUGCCCAUUGUUCACAAGAGUUCUGGCCCUUGAAUUUAGGAGAUAAGAACACUUAUUGGGCCCAGUAGGCAACAUUUUUUGCUUUAGCAGUACUCUCAGAAAACAUAUUUUGACUAAUAGUCAUGUGCAACUAAUCUUUAAUAUUUCACCUUUAACAGUUAGGAUAGAGAGCAAAAUGUAUUAGUAAACCAGUAAGUAAAUGGUUUAAUUACCCUUGUCAGUAAUGCAGCCCCCUACAUUCUCAGUGGGGAACAUUUCCCACGUGAAAUAGAUUUUAAAAAUUAAAAUAUAUGGGUACAUUCCUGAACAGUGAAUAGUUAUUUUUUAAAACUUGAUGAGUUUUAGUCGAAUUAAUCGACUGCUCACAUACAUGGAGAAUGAUUGUAUAACUUGAAAUCUGUCCCAUUGGUUACAAGUUGCAGCUUGUAUUGUCAUCUGAUGUGCAGGACAUUGUGUGCCAAUUACCUGCCUAUUGCUGGGUCCAGUUAGUGAUCGGACCUCCUCGUUAUUCCAGUCCAGGGCCAGACUCCCUAGGUGGUCAUGGAUCCGUGGUCGGUUACCUGCCUCUCUCUGGCUUUACAGAGUAACCUAACCUCCAGGCUAUUCCAGUCCAUGGCCAGUCUAGUUAUUAAAGACAGACCGAGGCACGAGAUGGUCAUGUUUGUGGUCAGACUAGUAAUCCAGGACAAUUUGCCCUGCACUUCAUUGGUCCGACCCAAGUUUUGUUCAACGUCACAGACUAGUAAUCCAGGACAACUUGCCCUGCACUUCAUUGGUCCGACCCAAGUUUUGUUCAACGUCACAGAACUCUUGAAUGUAAUCAUGUGGGAAUCUGUCUAAUCAUUUGUGGGUGUCCAAAAACAAAACUGAUGUACUGAAGGCAGCACUUUUACUGGGGACCUUGACAGUGAAAACAUCUUCAUUGUUCCAAAAUAUGCUGCAAUGACCAUUUUCCAUAAACACUGUCAUAUACUCAAUAAUUUAAUACCGUACUUAAGAUUACUAGUCGGCAAUGUGUGAGGAUAUUGGGCCAAUAUCUCAUCUUAUAUCAGAUUGUUAAUAUUUAAAUGUUUUGUGAUUUAUUUAAGCAUGUCAUACAAGCGGUUAACUUGAAAUGCUGGAGUGAAUGGGUGACUGAAAUGUAUAUUUAUUGUAAAUAAAGUAUGUACAGGA